AUGUCAGCUCGCGUAUGUCCGUUGCCGAUGCGACGUGAGCGUAGUGACCUUUGUGCGUCGUCCUGUCAUGCGGUUAGCCAGACACACGGAACGCAGUCCUGGACCCACAUGCACAAUGAGCACGGCCGUAAAACCGCUGCAAACGGCGAUUCCAAAACGCCAGCCAUUACGGCCGCCCGACACGGCGUGCGAUCCAAAAAUGAUAAGCAACUACAGCGAAACAAUUGGGAUUCCAGCCAGCGUAACGGCGAAGAAUCUCCACGUUAUACAUCCCGAGCGUCUCAGCGAGAGCAUCGUAUGUCAGUGCCGAAUCUCUCACCAGAACCGUCCAGUGUCGUUAUCCAGUCAGCGAAAGCGCUGAAAGAGAAGUUGGGAAGGAAUGGCGACGGAGAGCUGUCGACGAUCAAUGAAGGGUUGAUCACUCCCGUUAUUCGUCGUAAGCAGUUCAACCAGCCAUCAACGUUAACAUUUAAUGUUAACGACGAUGCCCCGCUUUCGAAUAGCCCUUCAGCGAAACGAGCGAUUCAUACGAAUACGAAUAGCCCCAGUACGUUAGUCAGCCGUGGACGAGAGGCGCUAGAAGCAUUGUUUGUGCACCAACAAAACACUUCGCCGCCAAACACCCUUGGUGGAGGACUCGCUCGA